CGUUCUUUUCACAACUGAACUUAAUGUCCUUCUGAAGCUAAUUUAGAAGCUAUCAGUUAAGAAGCUUUCUGGGCAAACUAAGCUGAAAGUUCUUAAGGAGAUUGCUAAGGAGCAUCAGAUCGAUUGGGAUAUAACUAAGACUGAGCCUGAGCCGGAACUUCUCAAACAUUCUAAAGAGCUGAUUGUAUAUGCUGCUGAUCGAAACUCUUCUGUUCAUACUUCUAUAAAAUUACAGAGUUAUCCCUAUUUUUCAAAUUUGAAACUGUAUUUCGUUAUUUUCCUUUUCUAUAAGCACAUUUUGCCAUUUAUUUUUCAGCAUAUACCAACUACUGCUUUUGCUUUAAGGCAUAGCUCCUUGAGUUGACAUAUUACUUUUCUGUUCUGCGAAGGAAUAUUAUGGACAAAAGAAAACAUCUUAUAGCAAACCGUAUUCAGGCUUCUAUGCUAAUUUCUUAAAUGUAUAUUCAGAUGGUGUUUGGUUCUUCAGAAAGUAAUACAGCAAAGAAAACAAUAGGUGGAAAUCUUAACAUGAAUUUCGUUUUUUGUCAAAAUAUCAAUGAUGUGCUCUUUUCAAUUUUCUUGGCUCUUUUUCAGAUCAUAGGUACCCUACUAUGCAAAUGAAUCUGCUUGUCUAUUUAAAAAGAAAAUUUCAAAUACUCAUGCCUAUGCAAAUGAAUCUGCUUGUCUAUGCAAAUGAAUCAUAGGCGUGAGUGGAAGUCCUCGUCAGUCCGCGAAUCCAGCGGCGCCGCAAGCUGAGGCCCUCUUUGGCGUGGGAGAUCAGUGAUGGCGUCGGCACAGCCCUCGUCGGCUUGGGAGAUCGGCAGCGACGCGGGUGCAGCAACACUUCCUCAUCAUGCCUCCGCUCAUUACACGAUCUUCGGUAAAAAAUCAAAAGCCGAAAAACAAGACAAACAAAUGCAGAAGGCCAACCUGCAAAAAGGAAGCAGAUCCGUGUUUUGAUGGCCUGAAGCUGGAGGAUGUUGGCCUUGAUUCAACCAUGCCAUACUUCAGAGCUGAUCCGCAAGGUCGUCCUAAAGUGAGCUAUAUACACUUCGCUGAUUCUCCCAAGCUCACAGUGAGGCUUUGUGCCGACCAUUGCGGCACUCCAACUUCUCCUGCCAAGGGAGGCAAGAAAAACGGGUGGAAAAUGAGAGGUUCCAAAAGUAACAUUGCGUUAGAGAGGGUGCAUAUCCACUGAGAUGUCAUACAUUGCCUGAAUCGUGGCCAUUGGUGUUACCACCAGGCCAAACGAAGCGGAUGGCAUCCUUUGCUGGCACGACUUUUCUUUC